AUGUCUCGUGUAGUGCCAUUACCUCUGCCCUGUCCAGUUCAGCUUGGCUCGCUGAAGGAUGACACUAUUGAGGGUCAGCUGCACAUGUAUGUUAGAGAAGGGAACUAUCGGAAAGUGAAAAAGCUUCUCGAGAAAGGUGCUGAUGUAGACACAGUCAACAGUCUUGGACAGACUCCUUUGUUUGUAGCUGCACUGCUGGGCCUUGAUAAAUUGGUGGAUGUUUUACUGGAUAAUGGAGCAGACCCUAAUCAUCGCUGUUAUGACAGAAGUACACCAGUUCAUGCUGCAGCCUUUUCCUGCAAUCAGUGGGUUCUCAGUAAAUUACUGGAUGCUGGAGGUGAUGUGAGACUACAUGAUGAAAAUGGCAGGACUCCGGACAUUUGGGCCAUGACAGCAGACAGGCAGCAGAGUGACAAGAUGCUGGAGUUCAUACAACGCUGUGCUUCUCACAUGAAAGCAUUUAUACAACGUACAGCUUGUGAUGACAUCUGCAAAGUUGGCAGUUCUCCUCAGAAACUUGUACAGAAUCCAUCUUUACUUCAGGCCAUCAAGCAAGGAAAUCCAGAUAUGCAGCUGUCCAGAAUGUGUAAAUGUGGUACAUUCUCUUCCAAGGCUGUCUGCUGUUUUGGCUAUGGGAAGUUGUGUAUAACCGGAAUGAAACGAACAUCUUAUCUUGCCUCUGUUCCAGUUAUUACUGAGAAGGAACUACUACAGGCAGAUGAUGAAGCAUCAUCAUCUUAUGCAAAUGGACCCUACAUGAGAAUGACACCUCUUAUAUGGAAUGGCAACAGAGUCACAGUGAAGGAGUUAAUUCCACCAACACACCUGAACUGCAGUAAAUUACGUUUGGGGGAUUUAAUAAUUGCAGAACAGCAGUAUGCUAGUAAACUUAGGCAUUUCCAUGUGAUGCUUCUAAUGGCCAUUUGUUUGUCUCAUGACAUGGAAAGAACUCAAUUAGUUUAUGAAAGAGUCUAUCUUGGAUCAUUGUACAGCAUACUACAUGAAAAGCGUUCUGAAUUCCCAUUAUUGCGUCUGGAGACUAUUGUAAGUGUUCUUCUGCAAAUUAAUGAUGCUCUGAUAUACUUGCAUUCUCAAGGAUAUAUUCAUCGAACACUCACAUCUUAUGCUGUCCAGCUUGUUACAACUGAUGUUGCCAAAAUAAGCAACUUUGAAUUCAUGGUUGAGAGCAAAGACGGUGGAGUCCAUAGUGACCUUACAAGAAUUCCUGUUCCAGUGCAGUUUUACAACUGGGUUUCACCUGAAGUAAUUCGAGGAAAAUCUGCUACUUUUAAGUCAGAUGUUUACAGUUUUUGUACAGUUAUUCAAGAAGUGUUCACAGAAACUGUUCCUUGGUUUGGUGUGGAUGGCUCAGUCAUUAAAAAUAUCUUAUCCUCUGGACGUGGAUUAGAAGUAGAUGCAAGAGUUCCCAAGCCAUAUUAUGACAUUGUAAGAAUGGGAGUACAAGUUAAACAUCAAGACCGCUGUAUAAAUCUUCAGGAUAUUCGCUAUAUCAUUCGUAAUGAUAUAAAGGAUUUGACUGCAAGGCAGCAAGAACAUACUGAUGAAGGAAUUAAAGGAGAAAGUAAACUUUAUCCUAAUAUGAAUACUGACUUGGGUUAUAUGUCAGUUAAGCCUUUUGGUGAAGAAGAAAUUCAGUCUGAAAAGCGAGAAUAUAAAACUGACUCUCCGCAUUAUGCUUUCAACAGUCAUGUGAAGUACACAAAUGAUCAGAUUAAAACAGUUGUUAAAACAUGGAGUGAUGACGAAAGCCAACAUGAAAUGGUACUGAAGGAGCAGGAAUGCUGCAGGGAUACCAAGUCUUUCAAGUCACAGAAUCCUUUUUCAAGUCUGGAUAACAGAAACAAAGUCUCUGUGUCUAACCUUGCUGAAGGACAGAGCAAAGAUGUGGGUGCACAGGCAGACAUACUAGAACACCUUAAGGAAUUGGACAGUGCUUUGGAGUUUGAGUUGAGAAAGCAUGAGACAGAAGAGUAUACAGAUACUAACGAAUCCUUGUUGAAUCAGGACCGGCGUAGUUCAAACAUCAGUGAAGGAGAAAGUUCCUUUUCAGAUACAGUUACAUAUUACACAUCAGAAAAUGAAGCUGUGUCAGAGAAUGAAAAUGUUGUGGUAGGUCCAAAAGAAAAUAGACAGUCAGAGAUAUCAGUGGACAUCAAGAAUAGUGAAGAGUUUAUGGAAAAGAACAAAUUUGGUACUGUUGAACAGGCUAUAAGCUCCUGUGUUCUAAAUUUGAAGGUGUCACAGACUUUGCUUCAGCAAGCUGAAGAUAGUCUUUGUAAUGCAGAACAGAUACUUGAUGGAAGUAUGAAUGCUUUAUCAAAAGACUCGGAAAGAUUUGAGAAAACGACAUUUGAAAUGAAGACUUCUGUGGCUCAGGAUGUAGUUGAUAGUUGCAAUAAUUCAAGAAGGAAAGAAAAGUCUAAUAUCUCAGUUGCUCUAGGGCCUCCACAACAACACUACAUGUCACCAGGACAUCAUACUCAAAGAGUGCACAGUGCUUCUGAUUGUAAGCAUUUCCCAGCAUUGUCGGGGGAUAUGAGGCAGACACCAAGUGAACAGAUCAUCUGCUGUGUCAGAGAGAACAUUGGUGAAGGAGAUGAUGAUGAAAGUGAUUAUAGUUCAAACAGCUUUGCAAGCCUGUCAACAAGGCACAGUCAGGGUGUGAAAGUAAAAGCGUCUGUCAGAGAAAGAAACUGGGAUGAUGUACAGUACUGUAAUGUGAAAGGCACCGUAGUGGCUGAUAAUGAAAGUGUUGAAAUGACAGCAAGGUUACAGUCAAGCAUUCCAAAAAUCAGUUCCCAGACUUGGGCAAAGAAAAUGAAUUCUGUUUGGGCAGAUGAAGUGACUGAAGUAGUAGAAAAACUGGUAUCUGGACAAUUAAACGUUGGAGCUAAAGAAAUGGAAGAAGAUGAAAAUGUAUACAGUGAAAGUGAUGCAGCACAAUCAUUCUUCAGUCAGUUUCCUAACAGGAGUCAGCAAGAAAGGAAAUCCAAGAGACAUUACAAAGGAAGCAGUACAACAAGUCCAGAGUCUGAAGAACCUCAAUGGCAAAACAGAGGACAACACCAAGAAAUGCUAAAGUAUGAACAGCAUAUGUUUGGAUACAGCAGUGAUAUGGAAAAUAGUUUUCCUGGUAUUAAAGGCCAUUCCCUUGAGAACGUGGGGCGAUUCAUGGAGCAGUCAAUUAAUGAAACCUUCAUUACUGCCAGAGCAGCAUCACAAUCCAACAGUAUUUCCAAGUCUGAAAGUGAAUCUGAAAUAAUGCAAGAUUUUGGCAAGCGAAAAGAAAACUCCUGCAUUUUGGAUAUUUCAGGAAGAAAUGUGGUAUUUAAUUGGCCAUCAGUUAAAGAUAGUGGAGAUCGAUCUGGGAUUCAUACACUCGGUUUCACACCGUUUAUCAGCAGCUCUGUGGACGUUCCCAAAGUUGAUGAUUUAACAACUAAAAAUUGCCAAAAUGCAGAUACUUCUUUGGUAGAUAUCCAGGACCUUUCCAGUAUUCCACGAGAAAAAGAAGCUGCUGUUGGAAAGUUGGCUUGUAAAACACCACAUGCAAGGCAUGCUGUAAGCAGAAUCAGCACACCUCGAAGUCCAGAGAGAAAUGUAACAACAUACAAGAAGACAUCCUCAGAGGCAGUGCUUCCUCUAAAUAGACUGCUGGAUACCACGAUUUGGGAAAGUUCAGACUCUGCUAUGACAUCCUUAGGAAGUUUUGCCACUGCAUAUGAUACCUCAGGAAUGCUACGCACUCAAUCUAAAGCUUCAUCGUCUGGGUUCAGUGAAUCUCUGAGUACCUGUCGAUAUGUGAGUGGUGCUAUGCAGUCUCCAUGUCCAGAGCCUGAAAGUGUUGUUCGUACUUGCCCCUUUGUUUACACUCCUCAAGACAUAGGUCAGGCGAAAGAUCCUGGACAGACAAACAAUGACAUGGGAAAGCAGCAGCAGACAGACAAUGCAGUGAACAGCAGUCUGCAUUACAGUGGUAUCUACAGUCAGUUUGAUGAAACAGAAAGAGCCCAUUCUACACUUGAUGCUGCCUUGGAGGCAAUAUUAUCAACGGGGAAUGGAAUCUUAAGUGACAUCUGGGAAAACCAAGAUAUUUUGAAGGAAACAUUAAGGAAGGAAGACCCAGAAGAUGAGGAAGAAUCAACAGUGAGAAGUACUUACCAAGAGGCAAAAUGCACAGAAUUAAAAUAUAACAAUGAUGUAAAACAGGCUGUAGGAACUGGUGCUAAAGUUUCUUUUGGAAUUGACAUUAGUGAUAGCAAAAUAAGCAUUUGCGAAGUUGCUGAAAAUGGCAAGCAGUAUGAAAGAAAUGAAGAUGUACCUGUCAGUGCUGAUAGGAAUUCUGAGAGAGUAACUGAAGGAAGUAGCUAUCAAGGGAAAUUAAGUGCAGACAACAUUAAAGUAAAAGAAGAUGCUAAGAACAUGUGCAAGGAAUAUUCACCUGCUUGUGUUCUUCCAGAAUCUAGUGACAUAAGCAUAUAUCAUGAGGCAAGAAGUCCAAAAGAGGAAGAUGAUACAGAAGCAGUUAGUGAUAAUUUGAAGUGUGUUACUCUUCAGAAACGUCACUGGAAUCAGCCACACAGAGUAAUUAUCCUGGAUCAAGCUAAUUCUCCAAAGCGACUGUGAAUCACAAGCAGAAAAUGUAUAUGAAAAAAUUGGUUCCAUGAAUAUUUCUUGUUUAUUCGUAGUUGUAGUUUACGCAAGUUAACAGUUGUUUUUUUCAUGCUUAUAAACAGAAAUGCACAGUGGAGAGAGAUGGUUCAUGAAUACAGUGAACCACUAAAAGCAAGAAGUAAUUGAUGUUGCAGCAUGCAUUGCUUGGUCACUGAUAUGCUUACAGAAUGUUAGAAAUUGCAAAAUAAAAUCAAAAUAGUAAACUUACA